AUGUCAAAGAAGGAUGUGGCGUGUUUCUGGAUCGUACUGCUCCUGUGCCAAGAGCUACGGACCGACCCGAUCGCAGAGAUGGCACCAUCCUCCAGCAUCCUGAUUCAAGAGACACCAGGGUUCAUCUUAACGGAGAAGAGGAUCCUGACCCGACGUGUGUUCGUCAGCUUGGACCCCAAGAUUUCCAUCGAGAAGGCAUACAACAUUUCAUCGAUGCAGCUUCCUGAGUUACAGACUUGGUACCAGAUGCACCUCCAAAGAGCACAGGACCGUGUGCGAAACAUCUUGGAGCAAGCCCGGAAACCAUUUGUAUCCAGUACUAUUCCGAUGAACAACCGACCCAAAAGGUUCCUCACCGCUAUAAUUGUUGCAUUAGUUUGUGCCACUGUCGGUGCAGUCGUCGCAACUGGAAUGUCUGCAGCCAACUCUAUUACUGCCCAAAAGCUGGAUAUGGAAAUCUAUGCACUAAAGUAG